AUGGCACUACUGACCAUGACGCACAAGCCAAGUUUCCUCAUUGGCGUUGUCAUAGUUUGCAUUGGAGCCACAAAGGUUAUCGCGUUUACUACAUGUACUAUUACAACAUGUUCUAAUCCCAGUGAUAACCUGCAAUCUUCCAUCCGUGACACGUGGCUCUUUUCCAGCCAACAACCUCAAGAUGCAGCAGAAGUUCGAGCAGGUGCCGAUGGAUAUUCGCUACUGCGGCAACCAGUGAACUGGGAUGCAGAUGAAGACCCGACAUUCGAUGCCCCAUCUGCUUUGCUGGAAGAAGACGAGAAGGGGAUCCGAAAAGAGGAUUCUUUGUGGUGGAACAAUAACAUCAAGGGGAUCGGAAUGAAGGGUGAUCAAACCAAAAACAAUGGUAAUGACAACAAUAUGCAAGGCCGGGCAUCUUCAUCCGUUCCAGUCCCAGAAGAGGACGAAGACUUGGAUUUAUAUCAGAGAAGCUUGGAUACACUAGACUUUCCCAGAGUCCUCAAAGCCCUGAAUCAAGAAUGUACGACGGUGCCAGCUCGACGAAUUGUACAAGAAGCCAGCCACUUUCACAAUCUACCGGAAGCAAAGAAAAAGGCACCCAAGAAGAAACACCAACAAUCAUACGUCCCUCUGAUUGCCGAAUCUGUCGAGGGAGUCCAAGAACGCUACAAGGCAGUGGAAGAAAUGCAAUGGCUAUUAUCCAAUGGCGAUGGGAAGGAUAUUCGUCUGGAUGAUGGCUUCUUUCGCAAUCGAAAAGGAUACAAAGUAGACGUGGGCGGUCGCGGCCCUCCUCUUCAGGGAAUGUCCUUCAAUUUACAAGCCGUACUGGAGAUUGCCGAUGAUGGCAAGGUACUGGAGGGUCCCGAGAUUCUGGAAGUCUCCUCUAUUAUGGAUGCUCUUGAGGAUGUGCUAUUAUGGAGCGAGUCCGUGCAGAAAAUAAAUGACUUGUCAUUUGUGGAACUUCCCAAGCUUGUGAAUGACGUGACGGUAAACACAACGUUGCAGGACCUGUUGCACAAUGCCUUUGACAAGAAAGGGAGACUCAGCGGAACCACCUUUCCAGUGCUGGGGGCCUUGCGGGAAAAGGUGCGAACACUCAAGAGGGAUAUCAUGUCAACCCUUGACAAUAUACUGGCCAUGCCAUCCAUUCAAUCCAAGCUGGCUCUGGAAAGUGGUGGAUCCUUGUAUUCCGAGGUCAGUGGAGGAAGAUUGGUGAUCCCGGUGGCCUCCAAAUAUGCAUCGUCUGUGGGAAUCGUCCAUGACACCUCCAGGUCAGAAAAGACGGUGUAUGUAGAACCUACCGAAAUUGUAGGACCCACCAACGAGUUGCGACAGACCGAAAGUGAACUGCGACAGGAAGAAGCGCGAGUAUGGCGAGAUCUAACCGAGCAAAUACUCAAGAAUCGAAUCGAUCUAGAGGCAUCUGUAAGCGCCAUUGGACAACUUGACUUGGUCACUGCCCGGCUUCGGCUGGGAGAGAAGUUAGAAGGCAUCAUUCCAUUAGUGCGAGAUGAAGGAGUAGUCUCACUUCGCGACGCCAAGCACCCUGUACUAUUACUACGCGAAAUUGAAAAUGUUGUGGGAAGCGACAUUGAUUUGGGAGCCGAUGGAAACCAAGGCCUCGUGCUCACCGGACCCAACGCGGGUGGUAAGACUGUCAUCCUCAAGUUACUGGGACUGAUUGCGCUCCUGUCCCGUGGUGGGAUCCCAGUACCCGCGGCAGCAACCUCAUCCAAUGGCGACAGGCAAGACAACUACGUCCCGCGAGUGGAUUUCUUCGACCCUGUUCUGGCCGAUAUCGGUGACUUGCAGAGUGUGGGUGGUGACCUUUCAACCUUCUCAGGGCACCUCUUGGUGUGUCGGGAAAUCUUAUCCAACUCGGGAGAGAACGCCUUGGUACUGAUGGAUGAAUUGGGCAGUGGGACAGAUCCAAAUCAAGGUGUGGCAAUCGCACAAGCGCUCAUGGAGGAAUUGCUGGAAACAGGCGCACGUGUUGUCAUUACCACUCAUUAUCUGCAACUCAAACAGUUGGCAGCUUCGGAUGAUCGAUUUGCCGUUGCUGGCAUGCAAUUCGUCAAUGGCAGACCAACCUACAAGUUAUUGCCCGGUACCGUCGGCGAGUCGUUUGCUCUGGCGGUAGCGGAGCGUUUGAUGCUCCCAGCGUCAGUGCUCGAACGAGCCAAUGAACUGUUGGAUUCCGAAACACGACAAAUGGGAGAUUUGAUACGAGAGCUAGAGGACCAAAGAGCGCUGGUCGACCAGCAGAACCGAGAACUAGAAGCAAAGAAGAAAGAAAUGGGUGCAUUAGAGCUCAAAAUCAAAGAGGAGAAGAUGCGUCUGGAAAAGAAACAACUAACAGCUCGUCGAGACGAAGCCAAAAAGUUUGCCAAGAAGCUGGAAGAAAAGGAACAGGUGCUUGAAGACAUUCUCGAGAAGCUGAAACAAGAUCCUUCGCGUCGCGUGCUGGCAAACAGUUGGAAUGAUAUCAAGUUUGUGAAAAGAGACGCCUUGUCUGAUGCAGAGAACGUUGGUAGUGUUUUGGCAAAGAAGGCAAAGGCAGCUGAAGCCAUGAAAGAUGCACAGGCAGAGUUGGUUCCAUUGGCUGAACUUCGAGAAAAACCCGAUCUCCAGCCGGGGGGCAAGCUAGUGGUGUGUCAGUCGGGCAGUCUGUUUGGUCGUGAAGCAACCAUUGUCUCUUCACAAAGAAAUCGCGUGACAGUGCAGAUUGUUAGCCUACCAGGGGUCACCAUGGGUUUGAAACUGACUGACGUGGCUCUGCCGCCAUCCAAGGGUACUGUGACCUUCAAAGCAUCUCAAGCCGCUUCAUCUCUUGUCGUAGAUAGAAAGUCUUCCAUUUCAAAAGCUGCCGAAAAAGCAUUGCAGGCCGAGCGGAGGGGGGCACAAAGUGCGGCAAGCUCUACGAAUGCGGGCGCCUCCUCUGCCAAGGUCAUCAUGCGGACCGACGCAAACACAGUCGAUGUACGUGGUUGCAACCUUCUGGAAGCCCAAGAAGAGGCCAAAGCAAAGUUUAGCUCCGCUUUGAUGUCCGGGCGCCCCGUCGUGUACAUUCUUCACGGACACGGUACAGGUGGAGUCCUGAAAAGUAAAAUCCGCGGCUGGCUCAAAACAGAACGAACCUUGGUAAAGAAGUUUGAACCUGCCGACAAGGCUGAUGGAGGCGAUGCAUUUACGAGAGUAGAGCUAAAAUAAAAGGACAAGUAAUCGAUUGAAAACCAAUGCGCUGGCGAGUUUUCGUCAACUGCGAGACGACCAACUAAAGCGGCCUUCGCAUCGACGAUGACCCAGCAACUCCUUGACUGGUAGCCGAUGACGGUUCUACCGAUACAGUACAUACGGUAGUCACGUUGAGGGUACGACAGUCGGUGCGUUUGUUGGAGGUACUCGUAUCAAUAGAGUACCGGUAUCACAGAGCUUUGUGUUUGGUUGUUGUGUUUUGUGUUGUGUUGUGUGACUACGAUUAUGUUUAGAACUACGAGACGAGACAAGAAGCUGGCAUUGCAAAAAAAAAUCCCACGACUAUGAGUUAUUGUUGCUACUAUACUACAUAAUGCUGUACGUAUGUGUUGUUUGUUUUUAUUAGACUACUAGACUAGUAUGCUGUACGUGUUGUUUGUUUUGGUUGAUUGUUGUGUGUAGCAUCAUUGAUGAGGCAGGUUAGUAGUCAGAUUUCCACCAGGUAUUAACUUCGAUGCAAGCAUCAUGGGACGUUCAGACAACACUCUACAAGUAGAGAUGCCGCUUAGCACUGGAACCACAGAACCAGGCUACCCUUCAAGUGUGGAUUAGACUUUGAACCAACUGCACUCACCUCCGCUGAGUUAAAAGUUGAAGGCACCCGCCAGUGCUCCAUGUGACAAGUUGAAUGCACCCACCAGUGCUUCAACACGAAAAGUUGAAUAGUUGAAUGCACCCCACCAGUGCUUCAACCCAAAAAGUUGAAUAGUUGAAUGCACCCACCAGUGCAGCUUCAACGCAAAACGUGAAAGUUGAAUACACCCACCAGUGCUUCAACACGAAAGUUGAAUAGUUGAAUGCACCCCGCCAGUGCUUCAACCCAAAAAAGUUGAAUAGUUGAAUGCACCCACCAGUGCAGCUUCAACGCGAAACGUGACAAGUUGAAUACACCCACCAGUGCUUCAACACGAAAGUUGAAUAGUUGAAUGCACCCCACCAGUGCUUCAACCCAAAAAAGUUGAAUAGUUGAAUGCACCCACCAGUGCAGCUUCAACGCGAAACGUGAAAAGUUGAAUACACCCACCAGUGCUUCAACAGGAAAGUUGAAUAGUUGCAUGCACC